CUGAACUUCUUUUAGUGGUAUACUGGUGCAUGGCUCACAACUGAUUGGAAGCUUGCAUGGUAACUGAAGAGAAAACAAUGAUAUAAUUCAUAAGAUGUUAACAGGUAAUUUUUCUUUUAACUUCUUGUAACUUCUUCUCAACAUGAUUUUAGACCCAAUCAUUCCACAGUUACUGUAAUGUUGGAAAUUACGAACAAAUGGUUUCAUAAUAUUGAUAUCGGCCAAUUAAAUGGGUUGGUAUUUCUUGAUCUUAAGAAGCAUUCGAUACUGUAGAUCAUGAAAUACUACUAAAUAAAUUACAUCUUUAUGAGGUAAAAGGAAUUGUUCUUAAUUGGUUCAGAUCUUACUUAUCGAACAGAAAGCAACAUUGUCGGGUAAACAAUCACCUUUCCCACCCUACCUAGCUGUUGACUUUAGUAAGUCCUAGAUGAAGAUAUGUUGUGUAGGAACUUCAGCGUUUUCUCGAAAACGAAGCGUUUUAAAACAAUUUAUUAAAACAAACUCACUUUGAAAACGAUUUAAUUGACGUAGAGCAAACUCGUCAUCAUGUAUGAAACAAUCAAAGUGAUAGAUUUCGUAUUCAACCCUACUGUAUUUCGACUACGGCCUACGCAAAUUUGGCUUUAUGCUUUCAACUGUAUCUUCAGGAAGAGCAGUAAAACAAAGGGUUUUGGUUUGGAACUUUCUUAACCUUCUAUGUGCGACAAACCAUCCCAUUUUGGCAAUCAGGUCUAGGGCUCUGUAUUAACUGCAUACAUCUCCCCACUGCCAGAACGAGCAUGGAUUUUGAGCGUUUGAAGAAUGACCGUACAUAUUUAAUAUUUAACCGUUCGUACGUUUGCCGGAUUUUUAAUUGUUGGACAAACAGGCACUUUUUCAAAAAGCAUUUUUAAACAAGUAGCAAUUUUCAUCUCGGCAAACGAACUCACAGCUAGGUUUCUGUCCACAAUUAAAACCAAAAUGUACCGUUGUUUGUAGCUGAACAGGCUGAAUAUAUUCCGUAUAGGGACUCCAUUAAAUUAGCAUCUGUAACAUGUAAUUUAACAUAUUUAGUAAGCGUUGCCUAUUAUGAUUAGAAUCCUGACGUGGUGCUUGCGCGCCCUUACUCUAGAGCGUCAUGUCACUUGUGUACCAGGGCGCAGUAAAAGACGGGCGGCGAGACAGACAGCGCCCCUGAUUUACAUGUACGUAGCAUAAUUAAUUCAGUUGACAGUUGUGAUUUGACAACGCACGUAAGAUUUUGUCAUUUAUCUUUAGCACAAGUUAAUGGUUAUUUUUGCAAACUCUAAGUAGCUUAAUGGUUAUUUUUACAUUUUAUUUGAUUAUUGUAUAUUAUUUUUUUACAUUCAAGAGUUUUGCUUUAUCAGGAAUGAAUUCGUCCAAGGAACACAUAAACUGGAUAACCGUUGGAGAAGUGAUCAAUCUAAUUAAGAAACCUGUCGCUUUGUACACCACCCAUAUCGUGAAAAGAUGGCAUGUCACACUGUGUAAAGAUUGCCUUCCAUUUGGGCAAUGCCCAAAUCCUGGAAAUUGUCAAAUGAAAAAGAAGCCUGUCGACCUUUGCCGCUCUUGCAAUGGAUGGUACAAAGAGCUGGCCAAAUCACAUCUAAAUAAAGAUAAACGAAAGAUUGAAUGGCGUAAAAACUGCGACACAUCAAAGUUGCCUGUUGAUCCAUGGGAGGUAGCUAAGUUCUUCAUGCCCGUCCUUGGAGACAACAAGGGCACCGUUAUUGAAGCAGAAUCCACUGAUUUAGCACAUCUAUUGAACGUUCUUGUAUGGAUGAAAGAUGUAGCUUUUGCUCCAGACAGGCGUGUGGAUCGCGAUCUCGUUAAUGAUCUUCGUUCAGGAGUUAGAAACCCUUGGGCGCAUGCACCAAACCAAGAAUUAGCUGAUGCUGAUUUUAACAACGCUUUUGAUAUUGCCAAUAAGUUUGUUGCCGACCUUGAUAAUGUUUUUAGCUGUAACGAAGUCAAGAAAUGCAUAGGGGAUAUCAAGUUAGUACAAACUAACAAAAUAAGCAAUGUUGUAGAAGCCGAGUUAAAAGCUCUGAAUUUACUGCGCGGUGUGUUAGGUGCGGAUGUCAGCCAGUUAAAAGGAGAGAUAAAGAAUUUAAAAGAAGAUCAAAGCUUCGACAGACAAGUUAUCAAGGAACAGGAAAGAAUGUUAGAAAAUUUGGUAAAUUGCACAAAGGAAUGCUCAACAAGAAUGGAUCGUUUUGAUGAGUUGUUUUGCCGAGAAAUUAGUGAAAUUCGUGCUGACAUCAAGUCAUUACAAGGAACUAAUGAUCGGUUUCAACAAAAAAGCUGUUUACCUGACAAACCGCCAAAAAUUUUUGGACGUGACGCCGAAGUGAAGAAAAUUGUUUGUUCCUUGGUGGAUGAAGGCUGUGGAAUUGUUUCAAUUGUUGGUGGACCAGGGUUUGGCAAAAGCACUAUCGCAGUCGAAGUUUCCCAUCAUUUAAGCGAUAGUCAUGAUAUUGAAGUCAUUUUCUCAUUUCUAUCAAAUGUUUCCACUGUGCCUGAAGUUAUUCAACGUCUCUGUCGUGACGUUGGCGUGAAUCCUGGAGACGAUCCUGAAUCAUCGUUGAUAUUUUGGUUAAAAAGUAUUGAGAAGAAAGUUGUCCUUGUCAUGGACAACAUUGAGCAGCUGCUUGAAAGCAACGUGAUAUCUCUGUUUACUGAGUUGAUGGCUACGCUCAGAAAGAAUUCACGGCGACAGUUGCAGAUCCUGACAACGACAAGAACCGAAUUCUCAAUUCCUGAUCGAACUACCGAAAACGUUCAUGUACGAGAGUUGGAUAAAAAUGCUAGUGUCGAACUUUUGAGAACGUUUUGCCGCAAUAAAGAAGUAAAAGAUGAAAUCCUGUCUGAUUUGGCUAAGCUGUGUGGUUAUGUUCCUCUAGCUUUGUGUAUCACAGGAUCUAGAAUUCCACGUCUAAAUGAUCCUGCUGAAAUGAUUAAAUGGUUAAAAGAGAAGCCUAUGAAAGCCUUGCAGUCAACUGACAAAAGCCAAUGCGUCCGAAAAGCCAUCGAGUUUUCUUUUCAAAUGUUGAGUAGUGAAGACAAGAAAGCGUUGGUUCGUCUUUCGGUGUUCAAUGGAAAUUUUCAAAGAAUGUCUGCUGAAGAGGUAAUUGAUAGAGAUGAUUUCGAAACGCAAGAUUUGUUAGACCAGCUCGUAGCUCGAAGUUUAAUACAGAGUAGCAGCGAUAACCGUUUCGUGAUUCACUCGCUUAUUCGACGGUAUCUGGCCGAUCAUGAACAACUUCAAGAUGAAAAGGCAGUAGCACAAGGAUUGAUGGUGAAACAUUUUCUAAAGAUGUGCCAUUUGUGGACUAUAGAUUCUUAUACCAAAGAUAGAUUUAUCGAUGCCCGAGAAAAAUUGAAGACGGACAGCCACAAUGUUGAGGAAACGUUAAAAGUUUGCUGCCAAGAUCCAAACGUCGUCGAGUUGUUAGUAAAUAGUGAUAUUUACAAGUCUUCAUCCACGUUCUUUUACCGUUUCUGCCGGUAUCUUCUUCCGCAAAUUAUUUUGAGGAAUUUUCAGGAAUCUUGUAUUAAUCUGGCGAAAACUCGAAAGCAACUAACCAUUGCGAUCACAUUUCAAUGUUUGGUAGCAGGUCAAGAAGGUCGUAAAUCUGCAUGGAAAUCUACUGAAUAUCUCGACAUGAUGGAGGCGAUCAAAGAUGCUUUAGACCAAAAUAAAGCGGUGCUGAAAGAGGAUAGGUCCGUAUAUAGCUAUUGUUACUAUUUUUAUGCCCGAUUUCAUUCUAGCCAAGCAAAUGUUACACCAUGUCCUGAUCUAGAGGAAGAUGACCUUUCGCCUUUACCUGAAAACAACGAUCGAAGCCCAAUGAAGAAUGCUGAAGAGACACUUAUUUUAAUCCAGCGUGCACGUUUGAACAAGAAACGUGCAGUGAAAGUAUUUCGUUCAGAUAAAAAAAAGUACGAGGAUUACAUGAACUGUGCAAAAUCAUUUUACGACCAAGCCUUGUCGACAGCGAAAGAGUUCUUGGGCGAUCAUGAAAUAACGUGUAUUUGUUAUAAAUUGUUAGGAGACUUAUACUUACAUUGGCGGAAGAACGAUGAGGCAAUGGAAUAUUAUUCUGAUGCAAUAAAACUGAGGAAGAAACUACAGCUUGAUUCUAAUGAGGCUUUUGUGUACUUGCUCAAGAAUUAUGGGUUAUGUUUACGUUUUCUUCGCCGCUUUGAAGCUUCAGUGGAAAAUUUAAACGAGGCAUGUGACAUAGCUGAUAAACUCGCUGAGAAGCACACACCUUGUAGAGCAAAUGUGUUAUAUCAGUUGGCAAACACGUAUCGUGCCUGGAAACCUGAUUGCCAAGAAUCCGCGAAAUACGCUAAAGAGGCAAAGGAGAUGCAAGUGUUGUUGGACCCACGCACUGUAAAAUCAUUGGAAGAUAUUAUAAAAACGGCAGAAGAAUACAUGAAAGAAAAAAACCUCAUCAGGUCAUUUCAAAAUAUCGUGAAUGUUGUUAGAACUGAUCGACAGCUCCAACAAAACAGCAGCAUACCCGACAAACCACUGACAUUUGUUGGGCGUUGCGCCGAAGUAAACAAAAUUAUUUAUUCCUUGGUGGAGAACGGCUGUGGAAUUGUCUCGAUCGUUGGUGGACCAGGGUUUGGCAAAAGCUCCAUUGCAGUUGAAGUUUCCCAUCAUUUAAGCAACAUGCAUGACAUCGUCGUUAUUUUCUCAUUUCUAUCAAAUGUUUCAACUGUGCCUGAAGUUCUUCUACGUCUCUGUCUUGAUGUUGGCGUUAAUCCUGGAGAAGAUCCUGAAUCAGCGUUGUUGUUUUGGUUAAACAAUACUGAGAAAAAAGUUCUCCUUGUUAUGGACAACAUCGAGCAUAUGCUUGAAGAAGAAGUGAGAUCCGAAUUUACUGAGUUAGUGGUCACGCUCCGCAAGAAUUCACAGCAACAGUUGCAGAUCCUAACAACGACAAGAACCGAAUUCUCAAUUCCUGAACAAACCACCGAAAACGUACAAUUAGGAGAGUUGGACGAAAAAUCUUGUGUCGAACUUUUGAGAAAGUACUGCCCUAAUACAGAAGUAAAAGAUAGUUACUUGUGUGACUUGGCGGACCUGUGUGGUUUUAUUCCUUUGGCUCUGUGUAUCGCUGGACCUCGAAUUGCAGAUCUUGAUGAUCCUUUUGAGUUGAUUCAUUGGCUAAAAGAGAAGCCUGUGAAAACUUUGCUGACCUCUGACAAAAGCCAGUGUGUCCGAAAAGCCAUUGAGUUCUCUUUCCAGCAGUUGAAUGAUGAUGAUAGGAAAGCGUUGGCUCGCCUUUCGUUGUUCAAUGGAAAUUUCCAAAGAAAGUCUGCCGAAGAGGUAAUUGAGAGAGAUGAGUUGGUCACACAAGAUUUCUUAGAGCAGCUUGUUGCUCGAAGUUUAAUAAUGCAGAGAAGCAGUGACAAGCGCUUCCUGAUUCAUUCACUUAUUCGACGCUUUUUGGCCGAUCAUCAUCAAUUUCAAGAUGAAAAGAUUAUAGCACAAGGGUUGAUGGUGAAGCAUUUUCUGAAGAUGUGUCAUUCUUUAACAAUGGAUUCUUUUUCCAAAAAUGGAUUUACUGAUGCGAGAGAAUCAUUGAAGAUGGACAGUCACAAUGUUGAGGAAACGUUAAAAGUCUGCUGCCAAGAUCAAGCAACAAACCUGAAUCCAAACAUCUUCGAGUUGUUAAUAAAUAGUGAUAUUUACAAGUCUUCAUCCAGGUUGUUUUACCGUUUCUGCCGGGAUCUUCUUUCACAAACUAUUUUGAGGAAUUUUCAGGAAUAUUGUAUUAAUCUGGCGAAAAUUCGAAAGCAACUAACCAUUGCGAUCACAUUUCAGUGUCUGGUAGCAGAUCAAGAAGGUCGUAAAUCUGCAUGGAAAUCUACUGAAUAUAUCGACAUGAUGGAGGCGAUCAAGGAUGCUUUAGACCAAAAUAAAGCGGUGCUGAAAGAGGACAGGUCCUUAUAUAGCUAUUGUUACUAUUUUUAUGCCCAAUAUUAUUCUAAGCAAGCACAUAUUACACCAUGUCCUGAUCUAGAGGAAGAUGACCUUUCGCCUUUACCUGAAAACAACGAUCGAAGCCCAAUGGAGAACGCUGAAGAGACACUUAUUUUAACCCAACGUGCACAUUUGAACAAGAAACGUGCAAUGAAAGUAUUUCGUUCAGAUAAAGAAAAGUACGAGGAUUACAUGAACUGUGCAAAGUCAUUUUCUAGUCAAGCUUUGUCGGCAUCUCAAGAGUUGUUCGGCGAUCAUGAAUUAACGUAUAUUUCUUAUAAAGCAUUAGGAGAUCUGUACUCACUCUGGCGGAGAAACAAGGAGGCGUUGCUGAAUUAUUCCGGUGCCAUAAAACUGAGCAAGAAACUAAAACUUGAUUCCAACGAGCCUUUUGUGUACUUGCUAAAGAGUUAUGGGUUAUGCUUGUCUUUUCUUCGUUACUUUGAUGAAUCAGUCGCAAUAUUAAACGAAGCUCGCGACAUAGCUGACAAACUCGCUCAGAAGCACUCCCCUUGUAGAGCCAAUGUCUAUUGUGCGUUGGCAAUAGCGUAUCGUGCCUGGAAACCUGAUUGCAAAGAAGCCGCGAAAUAUGCUAAUGCAGCAGUUAGGAUGGGAGAGUCGUUACACAGCGUAAAAACAAUGAAAGACAUUAUUAAAACAGCAGAAGAACACAUGGAGUGAGAGAUCGCUCAACAAUGUUUCGACGUCAAUUCCUUUUUUGAAAAUAACGUUGACUGGCUUUUGUAACACUGCUCCAAGAAUUAUGAGCAGUUUAUUUUAUUUUUUAUGCAUAAACGUCACUAAUUCGGUUACCUUAUCAAUGAUCAGAUAUGACAGCAUCUUUCAAGUUUGCAUGAGAUAAACGUCGAAUGGAAAACUGGUUUAGAUAAAUCAUCUGACAGUUUACUGAAGUCUUCUUUAACAGACAAAAAAAGAUUUCGUAACAAAAUCAACCGGCUAAUUGUAAUGCCAUGAAAGGUGAAUGGAGCUGUUUUUCCUUCGAAGAAUAUUCGAACAAUAACGUUCUAUCUAUUGUAAUGGUACCUCUAGAACAUUUUUCAGUAGGAGCCUUUGACUCCUUUCCUCAUAGAAGACUCUUUAAUCUGACUGACGUCCUUAGCUAUAAUACGGAUAUUGCCGAGUGGUUUGUAAUCCAGAGAAUUGUACUGCUUUUUAUCGUGAUUUAACUUCAAUGUGAAAAUGAUCUGAGUAUUAUUUAACUGCGACAAAUGUGAAAUUUAAGAGUAUAUGGAAAAGGACGCACUCCCCCACCGUUAAUCCCUACACCAUCACCCAUGCACCUGCUGUUCUGGUUCGCUCAUACAAAAAUUUCGUCAUCGUAGUUAAUUAACAAUACCUAAUUAACAAUACCGAUCUAUCCGUUUAAUUUUCAAUUGAAGCUAAUAUCCUGAUGCCAACCACAGCAGAAGUUCGCCUUGGUAUAUAAAUUGUCUUCAAAUAUUGAAAUGAUACAUUUAAUCUGCAGCUCGAAAAAUGCAUCCAAAUCUUAAGUCGCAGAGCCAGGAGCUAUACCGAAAGUUUGGACCCAUAUUCAGUACUAGUUUAUUGUUGUCGUACAUCAUUAUUUAGAGACUAAUUCUAUAAUCGCAUUGUGCAACUAUGGAUCGAACAAUCUACCGAUUGAAGUCCGUAAAUCAGUUACUUUGAAACCAGUUCCCUUGAAACCCCAAUAUAUAUUUCAAUCAGUUAAAUAACAUUUUUUAUAAUAACUGACUAAUCACGUGGAAGGCAAUAUGUCCUUAUUGUAGGUCUACUGGCAAACCUCUCUGCUGUUGAGAGUUGAGAAAUGACACUACUUAGCAUUUGGUUUCCUGUUUCUAGCCCUUGAUUUUUAAUAUUUAGCCGCAUGAUUUGGCCAUUAAUAUUAUUGCCAUCUUUCAACAUUUGAUAUCAAGAAAGGUAACAUCGCCAUUGGUAAAGGUUCAUGAAUUUUCAGAUGAUUGAAAAGUACAACUCUAAAGCAUAGUAUACGAAAAAAAACGAUGGUUUUAAAGGAAAUCUGUGAUUGAAUUAGUACCACAGGAAACGCCAGAUUAGACGCACAUGUACGUAAUUUUCCAGUUAACCCCAAAUCAGUCGUAGCCUAUGUAUGAAAAUGAGAAGAAAUGUAUGUGUGACCAAUCAGCAAUUGGAGACAUAUAUACAACAAAAAUUUACACCGUCGAAGUACCCAAAGACAAUGGCUUGGAUAAUGGAUAAAUGCAAUGAUAUCGUUUUCAUUCGUAAAAUCUGCUUUCCUUUCCCUUCAAGGGGCGAGAAGAUUAAUAAAGAAACAAUAUGUUGCGAAAGAAACAGACAAGUUAAUUUAUUUGACAGACAGGGAAAUUGUAGGAACAAUUUUGGCUGUUGUUUAGCUUUUUAUCCAAAGGAAUGUUUGAUUUCACAAUUUUCAACCAAAUGACAAUUUUAAACACUAUAAUAUAGAUGAAAAA